AUUUCCGGGGUAAUGUUGUUGUCACUAGGCUAAAUCGAACCACUCGUUCUGCUCGUCCCCGCCGCUGACCUAACAACGGUUUCCGCUGACCUGUCACCGGUCCCUGCUUCAUGCUUACCGCGGUGCUUGUUGCUGCUGUUGCCGGCGGUGGCGCCCUCAUCCUUAUGCGCUGUUUGUUUCCUGCGCAGAAAGCAGGGAAAAUGCUCCGCUAUGCAGCCGACACUAUGCGGGGAAAGACGGUGAUCGUGACCGGGGCUAACAGCGGUAUAGGGAAGGCCGUGGCCACGGAGCUGGUGAAGCUUCAAGCCCGGGUCAUCAUGGCUUGUCGGGACCAGCGGAGCGCUGAGGAGGCAGCCGAGGACAUUAGGAAGCAAGCGGGAGCAGAGCAGGGAGAGGUGGUCAUCAAAAACUUGGACCUGGCUUCUCUCACAUCUGUCCGAAAGUUUUGUGAGGAAAUUAAUGAGGAGGAGUCCAAGAUCGACGUGCUCAUCAACAACGCAGGCGUCUACCAGUGUCCCUACAUGAAGACGGAGGACGGCUUUGAGAUGCAGCUUGGUGUGAAUCACCUGGGUCACUUCCUCCUCACUCACCUCCUGCUGGACCUCCUGAAAUCUUCUGCCCCCAGCCGCGUCAUUGUGGUCUCUUCUAAGCUGUACAAGUACGGCCACGUUAACUUUGAUGACCUGAACAGUGAAAACAACUACGACAAGGCCUUCUGCUACAGUCAGAGCAAACUGGCCAACCUGCUGUUUGCACUUGAGCUGUCUCAUCGGCUGGAGGGCACGGGGGUCACGGUCAACGCUCUCACCCCAGGCAUCGUGAGGACCAAACUAGGAAGGCAUGUUCAAAUCUCGUUUCUGGCAAAGCCGCUGUUCCACCUCGCUUCGCUGGUCUUUUUCAAGAGUCCGCUUGAGGGAGCCCAGACUCCGCUCUAUCUGGCCUGCUCCCCAGAGGUGGAGGGAGUGUCGGGGAAGUGUUUCGCUAACUGCGAGGAGGAGCAGCUGAUGGCCACAGCUACAGAUGAGCAGGCAGCCAAGAAGCUGUGGGAUGUAAGCAGCAGAAUGGUUGGACUCACUAACUGAGCACAGUCCUGUUCUGUGGAUAGGAUAGUAUUUCUGGGAAAUUGUGCAUUCUUUAACAAAAUAAUAAAAACCUAAGCAGCCCCACAGAGUCUCAGAUGACUUGUGAAAAGACCAUUUGCGAUAAAUUCAUUAACGGGCUGACAUAGUGUGCCAGUUAAUUUAGUCUCAGUGAGCUAAUCUGCUGUAAUAAUGUUGCAGAGCAAAGAGUUGACUGUAUAACAUUGAAAAAUGUGCCUGUAAAACAAAUCUGCAUUAAAUUGUCGUACUUUUUGAUUUCCUAGAAACCCUUUCUAAAAAGGAGAAUCAUUCAUCACACCCAUGCACACAGCACUUCAAGGUCUACUCCAGUGUUUUAAAAUGGUAUUUCCUUAACUUAGAGUUAUAUUUUUGAAAGCUACUGCCAGAGCACAUGAGACAUUAUACAACUGUUUUUUUUUUCUUUUAAAGGCUUGUAAGUAGUACAUCAACAGACUCUCUACCCAUUCCUGCUCAAUACUUUGAAGAUUAAAUAGCACUUUGCCUUUAUGCCAGUGACCAGGAUUGACACUCACCCGUCAUGAUGAAAGUGAGUGAGCGUGCUUAUCUCAUAUUCAUCAAAGCCAAACUGAGCGGUCACGUUUUUGCCUCAGAGGAAGUCACAUUGUUCCUCGUGCUGUGCAAACCCACAGGGCAGAGUGAAGAGCAUGUUUGUUAGUGCUACAUUUGUCCAUAUUCUGCAGUGUUGGGAAGUAAGAAGAGGGGUUGUUCAUCACGUUUUCCUCUCCUGCUGUGUUUCAAGUGUCUCUGCUGUGUCUGAAGAACAGGAACAAUAAGGUGGACAGUGGAUUAGGUCUCACAGGUAAAUCCUGUCGGACCUCAUAUAGAGGGGAAAUCAGUGGAAAAAGGAUGAAGCAGUAUGUUAAGACGCUCAAGGACAAAAAUAAAACCCCUGUGAUGACUGAAAGUCCUGUAUAUGCUAAUAAAACCACUGUUUCCAAAGAAGGUUGAAUACA